GAAAGAUAAAAUGCACAUCUUUGGUUUUCCUUUAGACGGAUAAUAAUUUUUUUUAAAGUAAACUAUCGAUCUUGUUUAUUUUUUUAUUUAUUUCCCCCCCCCAAAAAAAACACAAAACAAAAUGAUUCUACAAGAGGGGGAAUUCAAAUAGGAAAAUUAAUAUAAAUCAUGACUAGUAGACAAUUAUGUCAAUCUAUACCAGAAUCUUAUCAAAUUAAUAGUAUAAAAAUUAUCUAUUUAACAUGUGCUACAAUAAUAACAACAACAUUUAUUAUAGAAUGUAUAUUAAUCCAUUUAGUUGUACAACCAUAUUUUCAUGAAUCAGCAUUUACACAUACAAAUUGUACAUUUAUACAUGCAUAUAUUGUAAGAAAAGAUGUUAAAUGUGAAAAUAAAUGUUCAAAAGAUCGUUCAAAAUUUCCAUGUUUAAAAGUGAUUGUACAAUAUUUUAAUGGAAAUAAAAAUCAUACAGUUAUAUUAUUUGAUAAUAUAGCAACAUAUAAUCAUUAUAAAUUACUUGGAUGUGCUACAAGUGCAUGUCAUCAUCGUGAUAUGGAUAAUACUGAAUGGGUUGAAAAAUUUCAACAACGUAUAAGACAUCAAAGAAAUUUUCAAUGUUAUAUACAUGCAACACAUGAAGAUGAAGCAUUAUUGUAUAAAUUUUAUACAUUUACAUCAGUAUUUCAUGCUAUAUUUUGGCCUAUUCUAUUAUUUUUAAUAUCAAGUAUUUGUUUAUAUAUUAUUUAUUUAUUUGAUAAAUGUCAUGUAUGGACUGGUGAUCAAGAUGUGAUUGUUUAAUGUCAAUGCAGUUAUUGAUUGAAUUAUUUUUCUUUUUCUUUUUUUGGCUGUUGAUAAGAUACACAUACACACACACACACACACCUAAAGUAACAUGAGAUUAAACUAUAAUUUUAAGAUUAACAUAUUUUUCUCUUGUUUCUUUGUUGUUGUCAUUGUUAAUUUUCUUUUUUUGUUUGUUUGUAAAUAAACAUUAUUAUUAAAUUCACUUGAUAUUGUUUUACUGGUAUCUUCUCAUUGUUGUUUAGGACUGUAAUGGAUCAGUUUCUUGUUGACAUAUAUGCAUCCUGUGUGGAAUGACUCGAUAUCGCCUUAAGUCAUAAGCUUUAUAAGCAAAGAUGGAUAGUGUUUG